GAGAGUCUGCUGAACUUUAGCCAUGAGGGACCCAGGGAGGAAGAGCCUGGCCCAGCUAGAGAAUCUGUGCAAACAGCUCUAUGAAACCACAGAUACAACCACUCGACUCCAGGCAGAGAAAGCCUUGGUUGAAUUCACCAACAGCCCUGAUUGCCUGAGCAAGUGCCAGCUACUCCUCGAAAGAGGAAGUUCAUCGUACUCCCAGUUACUGGCAGCUACAUGCCUUACAAAGCUUGUAUCACGCACAAACAACCCUCUACCAUUGGAACAACGAAUAGAUAUCCGGAACUAUGUGCUCAACUACCUUGCCACUCGGCCAAAGUUGGCUACUUUCGUGACACAAGCACUAAUUCAGUUAUAUGCCAGGAUCACAAAACUGGGCUGGUUUGACUGUCAGAAGGAUGACUAUGUCUUCAGAAAUGCAAUCACAGAUGUCACAAGGUUUUUACAGGAUAGUGUUGAAUACUGCAUCAUUGGCGUCACAAUUUUAUCUCAGCUAACCAAUGAAAUUAAUCAAGCAGACACCACCCAUCCUUUAACCAAGCACAGAAAAAUAGCCUCUUCUUUCCGAGAUUCGUCAUUAUUUGAUAUUUUCACACUUUCCUGCAAUUUACUAAAACAGGCUUCAGGAAAGAAUCUAAACUUGAAUGAUGAAAGUCAGCACGGUUUGCUCAUGCAACUGCUCAAACUCACUCAUAACUGCCUGAACUUUGAUUUCAUCGGCACUUCUACUGACGAGUCCUCAGAUGACCUGUGCACAGUACAGAUUCCCACCAGCUGGAGAUCAGCAUUCUUAGAUUCUUCAACUCUGCAGCUGUUUUUUGACCUGUAUCAUUCCAUCCCUCCUUCAUUUUCACCUCUGGUAUUAUCCUGCUUAGUACAGAUCGCCUCAGUUAGAAGAUCCCUGUUUAACAAUGCAGAGAGGGCCAAGUUUCUCUCUCAUCUUGUCGAUGGUGUUAAACGAAUACUGGAAAAUCCACAGAGUUUAUCAGACCCAAACAAUUACCAUGAGUUUUGCAGACUACUGGCCCGACUGAAGAGUAACUAUCAGCUGGGAGAAUUAGUAAAGGUGGAAAACUACCCAGACGUCAUCCGAUUGAUAGCUAACUUCACAGUGACCAGCCUACAGCACUGGGAAUUUGCCCCAAAUAGUGUGCACUAUCUCCUAAGCCUAUGGCAGCGGCUGGCAGCCUCUGUGCCAUAUGUGAAAGCCACAGAGCCCCAUAUGCUGGAAACUUAUACUCCUGAAGUCACCAAAGCCUACAUCACAUCCCGUUUGGAAUCUGUGCACAUCAUACUGAGAGAUGGACUGGAAGAUCCUCUGGAGGAUACAGGCCUGGUCCAGCAGCAGUUGGACCAGCUGUCUACAAUUGGGCGUUGUGAGUACGAGAAGACGUGUGCGCUCCUCGUGCAGUUGUUUGACCAGUCGGCCCAGUCCUAUCAGGAGCUGCUGCAGAGUGCCAGCGCAAGCCCAAUGGACAUCGCUGUGCAGGAGGGAAGGCUGACAUGGCUGGUUUACAUCAUUGGUGCAGUGAUUGGUGGCCGGGUCUCUUUUGCCAGCACUGAUGAGCAAGAUGCUAUGGAUGGCGAGCUUGUCUGUCGGAUAAUUUUUCUAGUCAACCAAAUCAUCACCAACCUGAAGUACUGGGGCCGCUGUGAGCCAAUCACCUCCAAGACGCUACAACUUCUCAAUGACCUCUCCAUUGGGUACAGUAGUGUACGGAAACUAGUGAAGCUUAGUGCGGUACAGUUCAUGCUGAACAAUCACACGAGCGAGCACUUUUCAUUUUUGGGUAUUAACAAUCAGUCCAACCUGACAGACAUGCGGUGUCGAACUACCUUCUACACGGCACUCGGGCGUCUCCUCAUGGUGGAUUUAGGAGAGGAUGAAGAUCAGUAUGAGCAAUUCAUGCUGCCACUCACAGCAGCAUUUGAGGCCGUGGCCCAGAUGUUUAGCACGAAUAGUUUCAAUGAGCAAGAGGCGAAGCGAACUCUAGUUGGCCUAGUAAGAGACCUGAGAGGGAUAGCUUUCGCCUUCAAUGCCAAGACCAGCUUCAUGAUGCUAUUUGAAUGGAUAUAUCCAUCCUACAUGCCAAUUCUCCAGCGGGCGAUUGAGCUGUGGUACCAUGAUCCAGCCUGUACCACUCCUGUGCUCAAGCUGAUGGCUGAAUUAGUUCAUAAUAGAUCCCAGCGACUCCAGUUUGAUGUCUCUUCCCCCAAUGGCAUCUUACUCUUCAGAGAAACCAGCAAGAUGAUAACAAUGUAUGGCAAUCGCAUCCUGACACUAGGAGAGGUCCCAAAGGAUCAAGUCUAUGCACUGAAGCUCAAGGGCAUCUCCAUCUGCUUCUCCAUGCUGAAAGCUGCUCUCAGUGGGAGUUACGUCAACUUCGGAGUCUUCCGUCUCUAUGGAGACGAUGCCCUGGACAACGCUCUCCAGACCUUCAUCAAGCUGCUCCUCUCUAUUCCCCACAGUGAUCUCCUGGAUUACCCCAAACUCAGCCAGUCUUACUACUCACUACUGGAAGUCCUGACCCAGGACCACAUGAACUUUAUUGCAAGCCUGGAACCUCACGUCAUCAUGUAUAUUCUCUCUUCCAUAUCUGAAGGACUUACUGCACUUGACACCAUGGUAUGCACGGGCUGCUGCUCCUGCCUGGACCACAUCGUGACAUACCUCUUCAAGCAGCUGUCACGUAGCACCAAGAAGAGGACGACGCCCCUGAACCAGGAGAGUGACCGCUUCCUGCAUAUCAUGCAGCAGCAUCCGGAGAUGAUCCAGCAGAUGCUGUCAACGGUGCUGAACAUCAUCAUCUUUGAAGACUGUAGGAACCAGUGGUCUAUGUCUCGCCCCCUCCUUGGCUUGAUACUACUUAAUGAAAAGUAUUUUUCUGACCUAAGGAACAGUAUCGUGAACAGCCAGCCACCGGAGAAGCAGCAGGCUAUGCAUCUGUGUUUCGAAAACCUGAUGGAAGGCAUAGAGCGAAAUCUUCUAACAAAAAACAGAGACAGGUUCACCCAGAACCUGUCAGCAUUCCGUCGAGAAGUCAACGACUCGAUGAAGAACUCCACUUACGGCGUGAAUAGCAAUGAUAUGAUGAGCUGACACCUCCUUGGACUCUACUUGUACAGAGCAGCGUCCCUUUGGUCUGGCUCAGAGGGGCGAACAAUUACACGGGAGAGAGCCUGGCUGAUCCUGGCUCCCUCCUCCAGGGGUGUGGGGAACAUGGCACAGGUCAGCUAGCUGUUUCCCCAGGGAAUAGGGGUGUGAGUGCACUCACUCGGGGGCAGGGCGCUGCUGGUUCUUGGGGGAUGGGGUGGGAAGGGUGGUGGGAGGAGAUAGAGACACAAUACGUGAGACUCCAGCCCCCUCUCCUGGGGCCACCCAAAGGGGGAGAACCCCCGGUGUCCUGCCACAACCUGCCUUGUAUAAACAUGUACAUUUUUUCAUAACAUUUUGAACAAGGUUUAUAUUGACUCAAGUUUAAAAACAAAAAGUGUGACUGAAAAAUUUUUACAGAGUCUAGUGCACCAAUGCUGAUGUGAGGGGUUGUGUAUGCGAGUGAGGAAAAAAAUGUGUAUUCUGGUGGCCUGAAGCUUUACUGGACGAGGAUGUGUGAACGUGCAGAGAUAUAUUUAGUGACACAGUGUAGAGAGGCAAAAAAAAAAAAAAAGUAAAAAUUCCAAAUGUAUAUUUUUUCUUAUUGCCCUUUCCUUGCCCCCAAAUUAUCACUUCCUAUUACUGUAUUUCCCUUGUUAUUAGGAACUCUAAGCCAUGCGGAGCACCAUCCCCCCCUGCAAGCAUAGAUGCUGCCCUAGGUCACUUGGCCUCUUGCAGUGACAGACAACUCCAGCUAAGUGUUUGGUAUUCUUAGCUUCAUCCUUUCUCCCACUUUGCUUACCCUCAUCCUCAGACAGAUGCCUCUUGCUUUUAAAAGUCGGAUAUAACUAUGAAUUAGGGUUCUUGGUCUCUGUCAAGGUAGAGACCCGAGAGAAGAGAUGGAGCCAGUUGCUCUCCUCUGGAGCUAUCUGGAUGAGUCCACCAGAGGCCCGACUGCGUGUGGCCAAUAACUUUGUCUUCCCCAGCCCUUGAGGCAGCGUGUGUGGAUGUGCGCGUGUGGAUAUUUAUAUAUGUACCCUGCACUCAUGAAUGUAUGAACUGGAGGAAGUGAUUACAGUGGAGGGGUUCUUAAUAACAAGGUCUGCCUAGCAUGAAGUAUUUAACAUUCGCCCGCCCCCUUAAAAAUAUACAUUUUUAUAAAAUGAAAACCAUAAUAAAUGUUUUGAAUAUUUAAAAAAAAAUUAACCUACAGAGGAAAAUUAAUGGAGAAAGCUAUUUGCCUUGUACUUUUUCCACAAUUGUUGCUGCUAGUUGUACGCAUCUCUAGUUCAGCUCUUGCCCAUGGGACACUCAUCAAUUAGGUUUUAUUUUUAUUUCUCUCCUCUACCCCCAGAAACAAGCCUAUUAAUUUUUCCUUCCUUCUCCUCUGGCGACUGUGUGGUGAAUCCUUUCUUGCGUGAUCAGGUUGCGGAUAGACUUGUAAGGGUGUUUGCUGCAUACAGUGUAAGCAUUGUGACCGCCAAUAAACUUCAAUGGUUUCUACUGA